AUGAAAUACAACGGCCCUGUGUGCAUUAUGUCCCUUCCGGUAGGACACGACAAAGAACGUUUAUACCAGAGGAACAAUACAUGGAGCCGUAUUAUGCCUAGACCAGAACACAAAGGGCAGCUACAGAAAGGGCCUUCGUUAGCGCUCUGUGAGCAUAGCCCAGAUCACACACUGAAGCUCUUCACAGCUCAGCUAGCACCACGAUAUCCUGAAUACGAAGCACUAUAUUACUGCACUAAGUUAACUCAACAACACAGCACAGGCGAGGCGAGCGAACAACACACUGCCAUGGUGUACUUCCUCCGGCGACAGGAAGCUCAGCCGACCGUGGCAGCCGCACCUGCUCCCAGCUCUAAUGCCUCUCAUUCGCCGUACAGAUACGGCCCAAGAAAUAUCCAGACAGCGGAGAAUACCUGCGACGUUGAAGAAUGCCCAGUAUCCAAUAUAGAGGAGAUAGAAGGAAUGGAACCGAAGCAGCUCGCAGGUUUAUUGCUCAAUUUCAGGAACGGCUUUCAGCCUUUAUUGCAGGUUCGAUAA